AUACAAGCUGGCCAAACUACAGAGUCGAAUUAUUGUCUGUUGCAAACAAUUUCGACUUCCAACGAUCACAUUACAUGCUUUCACUUCUCUUCUUCUUUCCCACUUAAUUUUAGCCCUCCAUUUGUAAGUAUACAUACCCCCCACCGACUGAGGAAAACACAGUAUAAACCCACAAUUACGAUUUACAACUACCCAAUUACAAAAAAGAGAAUCCCAGUCCCAGAUCUGGUUCAUUUGAUUUUGAUUGGAAGCUUUGAAGAUCUUCAAUUAUGGCUUCUAAGCUUGUAAUGCUUGCUGUUUUUGUCCUUAAUGCCAUUGCUUUUGGCCUUGCUGUUGCUGCUGAACAAAGACGAAGCCAUGCCCAGGUUAUUUCAGACCCGAAUGCAGAUUACAAAUACUGCAAGUACGAUUCAGACAUUGCCACAGCAUAUGGGCUCGGUGCCUUUUUCUGCCUUCUGGCUAGCCAAGCAAUUGUUAUGGUAGCUAGUCGAUGCUUUUGCUGUGGUCCGACGCUCAGUCCUGGAGGAUCACGGGCUUGUGCUGUCAUGCUAUUCAUUGUCUGCUGGCUUACAUUCUUUAUUGCGGAGAUAUGCUUAUUGGCCGGUUCAGCUAGGAACGCGUAUCACACCAAAUACAAGCGUUUCUACGAAGAAGCUGCACCAUCCUGCGAGACUCUUAGGAAAGGAGUCUUUGCAGCGGGAGCUGCUUUCACUUUCUUCACUGCGAUUAUCACUGAGUUCUACUAUGUAUGCUACUCAAGGGCAAAAGACUGCGUCCGAUCUUGAGGUGCACUUCGCGGAUCAGUUGGUUGGUGUGCUCGUCGAUUGUUCGUUUUGACCACAGUCUUAGUUUUAGGCAUUCUUGUGCGUCUCGUACGUCCAAUGUUGUGCAGCUGUUUGUGUAUUGUUUGAUUGUUAUGUACUUAUGUUAGAUUCUUGUGGGUUGUAAGAGAAACAAACAAUAGUAGGUUGCAAUUUCUUAUCCUUUUGGCUAUUGUGUGUUAAGCCUUUCUUCUUUUGGAACCCUAAACACUCGAUGCGACGAUGCCCGAAGGUAUUGGUUCUUUCACUUAAACAGCAUAGUCGAAUACGCUUUCUUGGUUUCGGUUCUUUCACUUAGGGGUGUUUGGUAAAAAGAGCUUAUUUCGUGGAGGUUCGGCUAUGAUUGCUAUGUAUGCUAUGAUGGCAAAAAAUUAAUUAGUACGUACAUUAGCUAGCGAAUAGCUACAUUAUUACUUAAGGAUGAUGAUGAUAAGGAAAGGUGCGAGUAUGACAUUUGCAAUGAAUAUACAAUUAAUUUCUUAAUUUCAA